AUGACUAAACCGGAAUCGCUGAACCAAAUCAGUGGAUCCUGCAAAAGUUGUGCUAAAAAACAUCACUCGCUGCUCCAUCUACCACCCCUAUCGUCGGCUGCGUGCUCAUCAACUUCAGCUACACCAACACCAGCACAUGAGUGCAAACUCGCAGCAACAAAGACGUUGCAAUCAAGUCAGUUAUCGUCAGUCGCGCGGUUAAAAUGCUCACCGUCGGAAGAGCACACGGUUGCCUCACCACCAGUCGAAUCGUCGUUACGUGCGGAUACGUCGCGCGGUCAUUUCCUCCCCUCAUCGUCUCGUUCCUUUGCCGAUAUCGCCACAGACAAUGCUCCAUCUAGCUCUUAUCAAAGUGCAGAAGUGAAUAAGUGUCAACGUGCUACUGUGUUGCUUUCAACGGCCGUGAUCAAGGUAAAGGACGCGAACAACAAUUACACGUUCGCCAGAGCAUUGCUUGACAGUGGUUCUCAACCAAGUUUUAUAUCAGAAUCCUUGUGUCAGAAACUGCAAUUAAAACGAACGAAACUGAACUCUCCAGUUAGUGGAAUUGGGCAAUCAACUGUGAACGUGCACUAUGGAGUGACUCUUCAUCUGUCCUCGCGUUUUGAUACUUUCACCGCUAUCCUGGACUGCCUGGUUUUACCUAAGCUGACUGUCUCACUUCCUAGCCACCAUAUCGAUGUUUCCCGCUGGAGAAUCCCCCGGAAUCUUCCUCUAGCCGACCCUCAAUUUAAUAUCAGUCGUGGAGUGGACAUUAUUAUCGGUGCUGCAUUGUUUUUCGACCUGCUAGAACACCAGCAAAUACUUUUAGCCACUGGAUACCCGUCGUUGCAGAAAACUGUAUUGGGGUACAUCGUUUGUGGAAAGGUUGAACCCCCACAAGAAGUCGUCCAAGAACAGUGCAGCAACUUUUGUGUAGAUGGCCUUGAUGCUCAGCUUGAACGGUUUUGGGAGAUGGAAAAUUUUGAUGAAGGUAAAGCAUUUUCUCCAGACGAGCAAUACUGCGAAGAACAUUUUAAAACCACUGUUCAACGAGAUGACACUGGGCGUUACGUCGUUCGGCUUCCCCUGAAGGAAGAAAAACUACCGUUUCUUGGGGAUUCGUACAGUUCAGCCCUUCGAAGAUUCCAGCAAAUGGAAAGAAAGUUUGUAUUAGAUCCAGAGCUUCGUAAUAGCUACCAGCAGUUUAUGGAAGAAUAUGAGAGGUUGGGACAUAUGGAGUUGAGUGCGAGCCCGUCGUAUAACCCACAGUUUUACCUUCCCCACCAUUCCAUCCAGCGCCCAGAUAGCUCGACCACGAAAACCCGUGUGGUAUUUGACGGUUCCUGUCACGGAUCGGCUCAGUUAUCGUUGAACGAAGUGCUCUACGUUGGACCCACAGUGCAACCAGCGUUAUAUUCCAUCGUCAUCAAUUUUCGAUUACCUCGCUUCGCCAUAACGGCUGAUGCCGAGAAAAUGUUCAGGCAAAUAUGGGUGCAUCCAGAAGAUAGAAAGUUCCAGCAAAUAGUAUAUCGGAAAGAAACAUCAGAACCAAUUCGUACUUAUCAGUUGAAAACCGUCACUUACGGUCUGGCAAGCUCUCCGUUUCAUGCUACACGUGUGCUCAAUCAGUUGGCGAUCGAUGAAGGUGACAAAUUUCCUCUUGCCAGGCCCGUUGUCCUCAAUGGUAUUUAUGUAGAUGACGUAAUCACCGGACAUGAUGAUUUAGAAACUUUGUCUGAAACCUGUACACAACUAAAUGAGAUGUUACACACUGCCGGGUUCUUACUUAGGAAGUGGGCUUCCAAUUGUUCCGUUAUCCUCAACAGUAUUCCAGAAGACCUCAAGGAAACAGCAUCAGAGUUGGAGCUCGAUCGCUCGCCAGCAGUGAAAACGCUGGGAUUACUAUGGUUCCCUCAACGGGACGCGUUUAAGUUCAAAGUUCCUGUGCUAAGCGAGAUCUCUUCCAUUACCAAGCGGACUGUAGUGUCCGAAAUGUCCCAGCUUUUUGAUCCGCUUGGGCUUCUUGGUCCCGUUAUAGUAAAUGCUAAAAUAAUGAAGUCGGACAACUAUAUUGAACUACUGGACUGUAUGUUGAUACCGUUCACAGAGGAUGUAAUGGACAAUGACUUCAUUUUCCAGCAGGAUAACGCUGCAAUUCACGUGAGCAAGGUGUCCAAACAAUGGUUUUCGGAGCACGACAUAACCCUUUUGGAGUGGCCAGCGCGGAGUCCGGAUCUCAAUCCCAUUGAGAAUCUUUAG